AUGGCGCGUACCAAGCAAACCGCUCGCAAGUCCACCGGAGGCAAGGCCCCUCGUAAACAACUCGCAUCCAAAUCGGCAGCACGCAAGACGGCCAGUAACGCCACUGGUGGAGUCAAGAAGCCUCAUCGGUUCAGGCCCGGUACCGUCGCUCUCCGUGAAAUCAGGCGCUACCAGAAGUCAACCGAGCUACUCAUCCGCAAGCUCCCCUUCCAGCGUCUUGUCCGUGAAAUUGCUCAGGACUUUAAGACCGACUUGCGCUUUCAAUCGUCCGCUGUUAUGGCCUUGCAGGAAGCUGCCGAGGCAUAUCUGGUAUCAUUAUUUGAGGACACGAAUUUGGCGGCCAUUCACGCUAAGCGUGUUACUAUCCAACCGAAGGAUCUGGCAUUAGCGAGGAGGUUAAGGGGAGAACGAUCGUAACCGUUGUUUCUUAAUAUUGUACUUUUUGAUACUGUUCUACUACGCACGUUAUUUGAGCUUGUUAUUUAUGCAGCGUGACGUUGUU